AAUAAAUCGAGCACGCCGCUGGAAAGUCAAAACAACUAUAGCAAUAUAUACAAAUUUGCAAAAAAAUAUGCGGCUUUCUGUGCGGUCAUUGUUGGCAUAUAAGAGAUCCCUGCCCGGAAGACCAUAUCUACAUGGCCAUGAAUUAACUGAACAAUUUCGCGAAGGAGUGGGCUACUUCAAGAACCUUCUGCAUUAUGAGCCUGUUAUGUUGAUGUGUAUAGUUACCUUUGCCGGUUGCUUCGCAGUUGGUGGUUUGGCAUACAAACAGGCCCUAGAUGUUGAUACAGACUAUGCAAGACCCUUCAAACAUAGAUAUACAGUGAAAAGAAGUGCAGAUGUCUCUGAUCCAAGCAAAGACUGUUUCAACUAACAGUGCCUGGCCAUAGUUUUAGACAAUUUAUUCUCCUUUGUUUCUGAAAUGUAGCAGAGAUGAAAAUUACCAUACAUGUUAAACUAAAAAACUAUUACAAAGCAUGAUAUUAAAAACUAUAUGUUGGAAAGUUUGGUAUGAUGUGUAAAUUAAAUUACAAAUUUGAUUUCACAAUUUUGUGUCCUGAAAGAAAAGUGAAAUUACAUAAUGUAAUGUAUUUUUUAUCAAACGAAUAAUUAGUUUCCCUAAAAUGUUUAAAUACAAAAAUAAUUAAUAUUUAAAUAGAUGAUGUUAAUAAUGUUUUA